AUGGCUUCGCUAGAAAGCCCUUUUGGGGGCGAGGUCGUUGUUGUGUCACCCCAGGCAAAAGGCUUCGCCAAUAAACAGACCCCCAAUAAGCGAAAGAUAACUCCGCCUCAUGAGCUCCUUACCCCCAAACGAAAGGUGAUCAUUUCUCCAGCCGGGUCUAUUCCUCCACAAACCCUCUUUAACGACCCAUCACCACCUCUUUUUCCGUCGGAUAUUUUCCCUGGAUCUCAGUUGCGCAUUGAAUCACGGAGGCCUAUCGAGGUUUCUCAUGGACACCGCGAACAUGGCGAAACCCUCCCAUCCGCCAAGCACAUCGUCCUGCCUUUCGACCUUCAUAAAAACCCGAAAGACUUUUUCGAAAGAGAAAACAUAGACAUACUCAAGCAAUUAUUUCCGUCUACUCUAAGAGUAGACUUUGAUGAGUGGGCAUUGGUCUUCGUUCUGGAAACGUUGCCGCCGAAACCUUGGCCUCUAAAGGUCGCCAAUGUCCCUUGCUAUCUCACGACAGACCCAACUGACAACGGUCCUACGGUCCCACUUGUGCAUAGAAGCCGCUCUCGCAUUGCCUUGGGUGACGGCUUAUACCUUCGAGACGCCGAGCAUCUGGUGGAUCAAGUGUUUGACAUCCUCCGAGAAUUUUUUGAUCAGUCUCCGAUCCAGGCAACUGAAAUCCAGUACUGGCGCAGCGUCAUAAUCAUUGUUCUGGUCUCUGCGGAGCAUGAAGUUUUGGAAAAUGUACCCAAAUCUGUAGGGGGCUGUCCCUGCUUUUACCUAGAAGAAUCGGAUAUGGGCCGGCCUGCCGAAUUGCCUGCCCUUCGAGGUUCACAGCCAGACGGGAACGCGUUCGACACCAGUGAGUAUGAGCCAUUGCGCCCAGGGCUGAUGGUCAACUCCGGAGAGCACCCCGUCGAAGGGUGUGGUUUCACGACAUCGUCAGGUGUUAUGGUCAGAGAUGCCUUGGGGCAGACCUACAUGACCGUUACAGCACAUGGCUUCCCCGGCUAUCCCUUCACAAAUAAGGUGUAUCACCCCAAUUCUCGCGGAAAGGAAAUUGGCGAAGUUAUCGUCGAGUCAAGCCGUAGCGAUGUCGCUCUCGUGAAGCUGAACGAGAAUGUCACUUUCGUUAACGAGCCAUUUGAGAACACUAUCCUCCCUGGGGGACCAUUUACACUGAGACAAUUUGCCAGAGCUGGCGACACACGCAUUGGCAACAAUGUUUAUAUGGACAGCCCAUUUUCGGGAUUUGUGGAGGGUACUACAGGCAUCCAUUCCUUUAUGCGCAUCCCGAACGAUGACCCAAAUGACCCUGAGCAAAUGUGGGUUCGGGGCCACUGGGAUUAUAUGGGUCAAGGAUCCAGCUCUCAGAUGGCUGCUGGUGUAUGCGGUUCUGCUAUAUGGGACGACAACCAUAGGGUCCAUGGUUUCUUUCGAUAUGCACCACAAUCUGGACGCUUUCAAGAUUGGUGUCUAACUGUUGCGGCCGACCAUCUCAUUGACCGAGGCUACACAUUGGUGUAG